CGUCAGUGUCAGUUGUGUCAACAAAAGCAAAGCCGAAAAUCGACGAACAUUUUAGAUUUAUUUUAGUUACAUUAUUGUAGUUCGUUGUUUAAUUAUAUGUAAAUAAUUAUUUUAAGUUAUACAUAGAUUAUACUAAAUAUUGCUAAUUUAAAGACAUCGUUAAAUUUAUAUUUUAAUAGUUGAUUGCGUAGAUUCAAAAUGUCCGGGAGAGCGAAAAAGGCCAGCGCGCCGAGGAAGAAAGCAAAUGGCUAUAAAAUGCCUGCACCGAUUCCUCUAGGUGAAGUGAUUCACGACACAAUAGCUAAAAAGAAAUGGCGCAUCGGCCCUUCAAUAGGAGUUGGCGGUUUUGGUGAAAUUUAUUCAGCUUGUGAGCAUGAGGGAUCGCCUAAGAAAGGUUCAAAUUAUCCAUAUGUCGUCAAAAUCGAACCACAUGAGAAUGGACCAUUAUUUGUGGAAAAACAUUUUUACAUUAGGAAUGCCAAUAAGGAUGACAUUUCCAAAUUCAUGCAAAGUAAGAAAUUGUCAUCAUUAGGUAUGCCGUCAUAUUAUGGUAAUGGUUCACAUGACUUUAAAGGAGAGAAAUACCGGUACUUAGUGCUGGAGAGAUAUGGCAAAGACCUGUGGAGCUUGUUCAAAGAUUCGGGCCGGUCAUUUCCUGUGCCAACUGUCUUUCAAAUUGGAUUGCAAAUGUUGGAUGUGCUGGAAUACAUACAUAGUAAAGGUUACGUCCAUGCUGACAUUAAGGGAGCUAACAUACUACUGGGUCUAAAGAAAGGCACGGAGAACCAGGCAUUUCUUGUUGACUUUGGUCUCGCUACAAGGGUGAAUGACAAGGAAUUCAAGCCAGACCCUAAAUGUGCCCAUAAUGGUACUAUUGAGUACACCAGCAGAGAUGCACAUGUUGGAGUGGCGACUAUGCGGGGAGACCUGGAGAUACUUGGCUACAACAUGCUGCAGUGGAUAGUUGGGGAGCUGCCGUGGGAGAAGCACCUCAAGCAGCCCAAGACUGUGCAGACCAUGAAGGAGGCAUUCAUGAAGAAUGUCCGCAGCGAAAUUACCAAAAACUAUCCAAAUGUACCUGAUGCAUUAAUUAAGUUUUUUGAAUAUAUUAACUCUCUCAAGCCAAAGGAGCAAGUGAAUUACACAAAAUGUCGACAAAUCUUAGAAUCUCACCUAAAAAGUGAAGGAAAAACAAAGACAAGUAAGUUAGAGUUCAAAAAUACGAAGAAACGAAAACCCAAAAACGAUACAACUGAAGACACAGAUGAGGUUGAUGAAGAAAUCGAAGAGGUAGAAAAGAAAGAUACUAAAAAAAAGAAAGUUGUCAAAAAAGCGGUCAGCAGAACAAAGAAAGUUGAAAAACCAGUCGAAUCAGAGACUGAGGACUGCGAAAACGAGGAGCCAGUUGAGAAGCCGCGAGCUAAGAAAACUGUAAAGAGACCUGUUAAAAGGAAAUCAUUGGAACCGUCGCUAGUUAUUAAAGUGAAAAAAAGUAAAAUGACACCAAAAGCGACGCCACCCGCUAAGAAGAAUCAUACCAAUAUAGCGACACAGACCUCGGUUGAGCGACCUAAACGCAGCCCGAGACAGGUGUCCUUCGAUAGCCCCAUCUGCGAGAUAAUUGGUAGUAAGAAACCAUUCAGUGCAGCAAAAGAUAAUAAAUCAGAUACCAGCGGCGACAUAUUUGAUGAUUCGUUUACAUUAGAAGGCAAAAAGACUAAACCAAAGAAGCGUUUGUGCUCCGAUGAGGAGAUUUCAGUCACCAGAGUGGUUAAGAAGAUGACAAUGAGGAGAGGCAGGUCGUGGAAGGACACACCGGCGGUCGUCAACGGAAGAUCACCACCGAAGUAACAAAAUACCUUGUUUUCACUUGCUGUGAAUCAGUGAAGGGCAAGUUACACUCAAUUGGCAUAUCAAUUAGGAUUUGGUAGUUUUUAAAAUGCAUUUUGUUUGGAUGAUUUACAGUAUAGCAGUAAAAAAGCCUUUAAGAAAGCUAUAAUAAUAGGAUAGCAACAUGAAGUAUUACAUAAACCAUGUUAGAAGUACAUCUGAUUAUGGAUGCAAAAUUACCGGUAAGUUUGUUAAAUGAUUUCCGUAAAGAUAGAAUAAUGAAUAAACCAUGUGUAUAGAAUAUCCUAAAUGUUUUUCAUUACAAUUAAUGAGUGAAAAUAAUUGAAAAUGGUAACAUGUUUCGUGUUGUAAAUUAAAUUAUAAAAUCCUCGUAAAACUUUAAGAUAAUUAGUGUUCUUAUUCUCAUAUAAUUUUAAGGACCAUAAAUAAUCGUAUAGUGUUUAAAAUCUACAACUUACAUAGCAUUGAAUACUUUUUUUACUAACUAGAAUAUUUAUAGAUAACACCAAUUACCAACUAUAUCUACCAUAUUAUAUGAAUGUUAGUGGUCCCAGCUGUGUGCCCUGAGGCACACCAGAAGUUUUUGUUUAAUGAAAGUGUUAAAUAAUUUUGUAGUCGCUAUUUAUGAUAUAAUUAAA